CACUACUAUAUAACAAAUAAUUUGAGGUUAUAGAAAUGGAAGUCAACCCCAACAAUCUACAAGCGUUAUCAACCUACCUCCAACAAACAUUAGACCCAAAUCCACAAGUCAGAAAAGAAGCGGAGAAGUUUCUAGCAUCAGUUGAAAGACAAAAGAACUUCCCAAUACUCUGCCUCAAUCUUGUCUCUCUCGAAUCAUGUGAUAUUAACGUCAGAGUGGCUGGGUCAGUGUACUUCAAGAAUAUGGUAAAGCGGCUCUGGAAAAUAGACGGAGAAGAUAAACUACAUACAGAGGACAGAAAUCAAGUUAAAACUCUUAUCGUAGAUCUAAUGUUGAACAGUCCCGAAUCAAUUCAGAGGCAGUUGAGCGAUUCCAUCACAAGUAUCGGAGCCGAGGACUUUCCGGAGAACUGGCCCAACCUUAUCAAAGGGAUGGUCGAGAAAAUGCAAACUAAAAACUUUCAUGUUAUCAACGGCGUCCUGCAGACCGCACAUAGUCUCUUCAAGAGGUAUCGUUACGAAAUGAGGUCAGACGAACUGUUCACCGAGAUAAAGUUUGUGAUAGAGAACUUCGGGGAAGCACUCACUCUACUCUUUGAGGAAACCUUGGCAUUAGCCGAACAACACGCAGCCAACGUGACUGCUCUGAAGAUAAUCUUCAACUCGCUGGUUACAAUCGCCAAAUGUUUCUACUCCCUCAACUACCAAGACUUGCCGGAGUUCUUCGAAGACAACAUGGCUCGAUGGUUCCCUAAGUUCCUUCCGCUCUUAAAACUGCAGAAUAAACUUCUUCAUACCGAUGAUGCAGAGGAAGUUGGCCUGCUCGAGAUGUUAAAGUCUCAAAUCUGUGAGAAUGUUGCCCUAUACGCUCAGAAGUACGAUGAAGAGUUUGCUCCUUUCCUACCUGGCUAUGUUGAGACCGUCUGGGAGCUCUUGCUUUCAACUUCUCAGGAGGUAAAAUACGACCUGUUGGUUAGCAAUGCCAUAAAGUUCCUGACAUCUGUAGCCGAGAGACCCCAAUAUGCCGACUUAUUUAGCAACGAGGACACCCUCAAGAACAUCUGCGAAAAAGUUCUUGUACCUAACAUGAAACUUAGAGAGUCGGAUGUAGAAUUGUUCGAGGACAAUCCGUUCCAAUACAUCAGAGCAGAUGUUGAAGGAUCGGAUGCUGAAACCAGGCGCCGUUCUGCAAGUGACUUCGUGCGAGCUCUCUGCAAAGUGAAGGAGCAAAGUGUUUCUACCAUCUUCUCUGAUUAUCUUGGCAACCUUAUCGGGGAGUAUACCAAGGAUCCAGCCAACAAAUGGAUGGACAAAGAAGCAGCCAUCUACAUAGUCAUAUCCCUGGCUGUCAAGACUAAAACUGAGAAACACGGCGCCACCACCGCCAACACUUUCAUCAGCCUCUCCGACUUCUAUCAGAACCAGAUAUGUGUCGAACUGACAAACCCUAACUGCCAUCCGAUAGUUCGAUCUGCGGCUAUUAAAUAUAUCAUGACUUUCAGGUCAACUCUACCGAGGGAGAUUACUGUGUCCACCAUACCCCUUCUAGCACAACUCAUUGGGGAUAAAAACAUCGUUGUGCACAGCUACGCAGCCUCUGCGAUAGAGAAGAUCAUGAUUGUCAAACUCCCCAACUUCACUGCUCUUAGUCCUGGUGAGGUGGCGCCCUGUUUUGAGGUUAUCCUCGCUAACCUUUUUUCCUCAUUUUCUGUGGACGGCAGCGCUGAAAACGAGUACCUAAUGAAGCUGCUAAUGAGGAGCGUCUCCCUGAUGAAGGAUCAACUUCCUCCACCCCUAGUAGAAAACCUAAUCACAGCUCUUACUGGCAAACUGGGCGAGAUUUGCAAGAACCCUAGCAAACCUCACUUUAACCACUACGUGUUUGAGACCUUCUCUUGUCUUAUUCGGGGCACUUGCAUUGGAAAACCUGAGAAAAUUGCAGGUUUCGAGGCGGUUCUCUUUCCAGCAUUCCAAGAUAUUUUACAAAAAGAUGUUACAGAGUUCAUACCUUACGUCUUCCAGGUACUAUCACUGAUGUUGGAGCUACAGAAUCGCCCGAUACCAGCCCAAUACAUGGCCCUCUUCCCCUUCCUUCUCUCUCCCCAACUCUGGGAACGACCUGGGUCCAUUCCUCCUUUAACUCGGCUUAUCCAGGCUUACAUCGAGAAAAAUCCAGAUGGAGUUAAGGACAGCGUAACCAGCAUUCUUGGGAUUGUUCAGAAACUGAUCGCUUCCCGAUCAAACGACCACUUUGGGUUCUACCUACUGAACACAAUGUUGGAGCACAUGGACAAAGCUGUCCUACAAACAUUCCUGAAGAGCGUAUUUUCUCUUCUCUUCCAGAGAAUGCAGUCAAGUAAGACAACGAAGUUUAUGAAAAAUUUCAUUGUGUUCAUGUCCCUGUUUGCGGGAAAGAUUGGGGCUCAAGCUUUGAUAGAAACAAUUGAUAGUAUUCAGCAAGGUCUCUUUGGGAUGGUGGUUGAGAAAAUAUUCGUCGCAGAACUACAGAAAAUUGCUGGUGAAACUGAGAGGAAGAUAACAGCGGUGGGAGUAACCAAGAUCCUCACCGAGGGUCCAGCCAUGUUAAACGACACUUACAUCAGCCUGUGGGCUGGGCUCCUCAAUGCCCUGGUUCACAUGUUCGAGGAGGGAGUUGACACUUCCACCCCUCAGGACGAACAUUUUAUCGAGAUAGAAGACACUCCGGGUUACACCACUGCCUUUAACCAGCUUGUCUUUGCCACUAAGAAACCCCUGGAUCCCUUCGCCGGUGCGGUAGCCAACCCAAAGGUUCACCUCGCAGAGUCGUUGAAGAAAGCGAGUGUGCGGUACCCUGGCAAAUUGCAACCUCUUAUCCAGAGUGGAGUCAAGGGACAGGCCAUCAACAAACUCCAGGAAUACCUCUUAUCAGCUAAUAUUGCGUCUUUAAGUUGAAUCUGAGGGGUGAGGACUGAGGAGGCCUUGUUAAGACGCCGAUUUUAAGUUUAUAUUCUCGUAUUUAAUGAGUUUCACUCGAAUGGCAGAAGCUGAACUUUUUUUUAAUUAUUUGUAAUUUUAAAUUUUUAGAAUAUUUAAAUUUAAUACGUAUAUAAUAUAAGGCCCGGCCUUGAUGUUUUAAAAGUGUGAAAUUAUGAGCAGUUUCUACCAAUCGACGCGACGGUUUUUAUAUUUAAAAUCAUACCCUUUAUAGUUUAUAUGCGUUUUGAAAUAAGUAAUUUACAGAUUUUUUUCCGGGGCUAUUGCGGGCACUUAGUGAUUUAAUUUAAAAUGCUAAGUUUUCUGGUCUGAAUGUCAGGAAACUAAGAAUAAAACUAGGGCUUUUCGAGUGUUCUCCAAAUCAUUGUAACUUCGAGUUCAGGUAUUCAAUUUAAAAUUGCCGCCCAA